AUGGCGAUGAUGAAGCAUCUCCUGCUCAUCCCGACAAUGUCUUACCGCAAACGGAAGAACAUUGCCCUGGCUUGCGAGCCAUGUCGAGUGCGAAAGGUCCGCUGUGAUGGUGCCGAGCCCAUUUGUAGCUCUUGCGCACGGCGAAAUGACCCCUGCUUCUAUCCCGCAGAUAGACCGAAAAAGCGUCUUGAUAAUAGGUACAUUCGCCAGGUGCGAGACAAUUCUCCCUGCCCCGAGGGUUCUCGACUUGAUCUUGCAGCGUCGGAAGAUGAUAAUAUAUCGCUAGAGACUCCGGCUGUAGCAGUUGAAAAUGGGAAACAGGAAAGCAGCAAUACACCGGUGGCUACUCUGUCUACCAAGGCAUUCUCGACGUCGGAAAUCCGCCAGGAUGAUCAAAACGAAAAUGAUAAAGGUCAUUCUCCCAAUGAGUAUUGGAGUCAAAACCAGCUCACGGCAAUGGGAAUCGCAUCUGAACAACCAUCGGGGGGCUCCGAGAGUCAGAAUGAGUUUUUUGGUAACUCCUCGGUCGCCUCGUUUCUGAAGCAAAUCACCGUCUCCGCUGCUAGUAACUUUGAAGGUGCGUCUUCAGGAACAGGACGGGGAAAAGUUGGCAAAUCAAGUUUCAUUAUCAGUGCCCACGAUCUGCCACAGCGCCAGCUAGGUGACUAUUUGGUCGAAUGCUAUUUCGAUAAAUUCCACUGCCUUUAUCCGUUCAUCCACCGACACUCAUUCUACCGCGCGUACACCAACCUAUGGUCGUCUCAGUUGAUUGCGGAAGAAAAGACCCCUUCGCUUGGGAUUGGCCUGGGUGACCCUACCGUACAGUCGUCGACAUUUCUUUGCGCAUUGAAUAUGAUCUUGGCCCUGGGAUGUCAAUUCUCCCAGUUGGAACCCUCAGUCCGCCAGGCUGCUUCUGCGGAUUUCUUCCAACGGUCCCAAAAGUUCCUAAAUGUGAUUGACCUAGACAAGGGAGACCUCGCCCUCAUACAGACCCUUCUUCUGACAGCGACGUAUCUGCAAGGGGGCGAGUCGCCAUCAAAAUGCUGGAAUAUGAUCGGUCUUGCAUGCAGAGUGGCACAAGGUCUGGGAAUGCAUUCAUUGAAGGCAGAUAGAAAUCGAAAAUCAGCAGAGAUCCAAAUGAGAAGGCGUGUUUGGCAUGGCUGCAUCAUGCUGGAUCUAGCAAGUAGUAUGAUGUUGGGCCGUCCUCCGAUGACCAAUGCCUCGGUAGUCCCUCUGCCACAAGCUAUUGAUGAUGAGGAUCUGGAUUCUUCCGGCCAUACUUCACAUAAUACCCCUCGGACGUCUCGCAGCGAGUUCUACGUUCAAACCCUGCAGCUACACACAAUACUCAGGAAGGUGUUAUUGGAGGUUUAUGAGCCCUGGGAAAAUUUAACCGUGUCCGACCAUUUAGAGCAAAUUAAAGUCGAGCACAACCAUGCCCAAACCGUGAUGAAACUAGACGCAGAGCUCUUGGCCUUCAUUUCCAAGGUUCCGGUAGCCUUGCAAUGGAAGAAACCACCGGAGCUCUCAGAACAAUUUCGCCGCGAAAGUAGUCUACUAAGAGCAAGAUUUCUGCAUCUUAGGAUUUUACUCCUGCGCCCAACUUUAGUCAGGUUGUAUCGGACAUAUCCUACAUCCCAUGAACAAGGAGACUCCAUACACACCAACUCUGAAGGGAGCGGUGCAGGAUCAGGAAGCACGUUGUUCCUAGAUUUCAGUCUCAGCUGUUCAACGCAUUGUGUUGAAGCUGCAAUUGAAUUGUCUCACCUGAUGAAUGAGAUUUCGAGAACCGAGCUAGCCAGCGUCUGGUGGUAUAAUGUUUUCUAUACGUUCAGCGCUGGGGUUGUUCUAGCCAUAGCCCAAACAAUCCCCGUCCUUACCAGCAGGUUCCCCGAACAAGCCCUGACCGAUGCAUGGCAAAGUUGUAUUCAUUGUCUAGAGACGCUCAGCUCUUGCACUAGCACGGCGAAGGUUUGCGCGGACUGUCUCCACACCAUUACGUCCCAAUAUUCUCAUCAAAGCUCGGAAAAUGGUCCUCGUAUUCCUUCUUACGAAGCCUGGGAGCCUGAGACGAACGAAAUGGGCCUAUUUGAUCCACUGCAGCCUGAGUCCAGUAGCAUUUUUGGAGGUGUUCCGACUGGCUCUUUGUUAGAUAUGGCAUGUGAUGACUUUUGGUUGACGGCUCUAGAUCUUCCAAUCUACUGA